AUGCCAUCUCCUUUGGCUAUUGACGGGUUGACUGCAACAGAUAUCUCACAAAAGAUCGAACUACUGAUCCACAAUCUGGUCAACAUCAAAGACGAGACAGGGCAUUUCUUGUUGAAGCUGCCCGACGGACGGAUUAUCGACACCAAAGGUUGGCAUGAUUGGGAAUGGACUCAUGGAAUUGGCUUGUAUGGCCUGUAUCAAUAUCAUGCGGUGACAUCCUCUCCAGUGGCACUCAGCACCAUGGAAGACUGGUUUUCGAGGAGGUUAGCUGAAGGCACCACCAAAAAUAUCAACACCAUGGCAGCCUUUCUCUCUCUGGCAUAUCUAUAUGAAGAGACGAGAGAACCAAGCUAUCUGCCUUGGUUGGAGUCUUGGGCGGAGUGGGCGAUGCAUGAUUUGCCUCGAACAACUUUUGGGGGGAUGCAGCAUAUAACGUAUCUUGAAGAGAACCACAACCAACUCUGGGAUGACACGCUUAUGAUGACCGUUAUGCCUCUGGCAAAGAUUGGGAGACUACUCAAUCGCCCCGGCUAUGUGGAAGAAGCCAAACGGCAGUUUCUACUACACAUACAGUACCUUUACGACCCUCGGACCGGGCUCUUCUUUCACGGUUGGCAAUUUACCGAUGACGGUGAUGCUCAAUUGGGCCAUAAUUUUGCGCGAGCGAGAUGGGCCCGGGGCAAUAGCUGGGUGACGAUUGCAAUUCCGGAUUUCAUCGAGCUCCUGGACUUGCCUUCGAACGACGGCCUAAGAUUAUACCUGGUCGGUGUGUUACAGGCACAAUGCAGAGCUCUGCGGGCCUUACAAACCAAAGAGGGCAUGUGGCGGACUUUGCUCGACGUGUCAGAAGAGGAAGGGAGUUAUCAGGAAGCAUCGGCCACUGCGGGAUUCGCUUAUGGUCUUCUGAAAUCGAUACGGAGACGGUACAUCUCAAAGGAAUAUCUGGACGUUGCAACGAGAGCAAUCAAGGCCGUGAUUCGACGGAUCAGCAAAGAUGGCGAAUUGUCGGAUGUCAGCUUUGGGACCGGGAUGGGCAAGGAUCUCAAGCAUUAUCUGGAUAUAGAGAGGACCAGUAUGCCGUAUGGUCAAGCGAUGGCGAUGAUGGCUUUGGUGGAAUUUCUUCGGUUGUACAGAUAG